AAUGGCUGAGGCACAGCUGGUUGCGGCAGAUGGCAAUCAGAAGUUAUUUCCCUGUGAAGUCUGUGGGAGACGCUUUGCAGCAGAUGUUCUGGAAAGACAUAGACCGAUAUGUAAAAAAGUAUUCAACAAAAAACGCAAACCCUUUAACUCCUUAAAGCAAAGAUUACAGGGAACUGACAUUCCCACUGUGAGUAAAUCUCCCCAGUCCAAGGUUCAGCCCGAGAGGAAAUCUAACUGGAGACAGCAGCAUGAAGAUUUCAUCAAUACAAUCCGAUCAGCAAAACAAUGCACUCUAGCCAUGAAGGAGGGCAAGCCCCUCCCACCUCCACCCCCUCCAACCGUCAACCCAGAUUAUAUUCAAUGCCCUUACUGUAUGAGGAGGUUUAAUGAAACCGCUGCACAGCGACAUAUUAAUUUCUGCAAAAAUCAGACCUCUCGACGCGUCUUUGAUCCAGCCCAAACGGCAGCCAGACUGGCAUCGAGAGCUCAGGGUAAGGCCCAAGCAAGUCCUAAAAAAUAACCAACUGUUACGAGUGCUGUGGGUGCCCUGCAGCAGAGCAGGACUGUGGAGAUCAAGAAUGACAUCAUGGCUAGUUCAAGUAAGUCAGCGCAUGCACCAGGCGCUUGCGCAGUCAAGUCAUGGGAGCAGAGCCUCCACCCUGCCGUGAUGAUCUACUGGUGGUCAAUAAACGCGAAAAUGACAUCCCGUG